UUGAUGACAAAAUUCAUUUCUCGCGGCCGCCAUCCAUGGAAGACUCCGGAGCUGGUUCCAGCGAUGAUGCCAAGAGUACUUCUUGCCCUAGAGGACACUGGAGGCCUGCCGAGGAUGAAAAACUCCGGCAACUAGUUGAAGAGUAUGGUGCUCAAAACUGGAACUCCAUUGCAGAAAAGCUCCAAGGACGAUCAGGGAAGAGUUGCAGAUUGAGGUGGUUUAAUCAACUCGACCCGAGAAUCAACCGGAGGCCUUUUACUGAGGAGGAAGAAGAAAGGCUGCUAGCUGCUCACCGGAUUCAUGGAAACAAGUGGGCGCUGAUUGCUAGACUGUUCCCGGGUCGGACGGAUAAUGCGGUGAAGAAUCAUUGGCAUGUAAUAAUGGCUAGAAAACAAAGGGAACAAUCCAAGUUGUGUGGGAAGAGAAGUUAUCAAGGUAGCCUCAAUGACUCCAGUAACAGGUCUAAUGUUUUUAAUGCAAGGAAAUUAAGAUCUCAAGAGGGUUUUAGCACCAUGUUUGGGUUUGGGAAUAGUAGGUUCUUUGAAUUCCAAAACCCCAAUAUUAAAGAUAUGAACAAUAUUUUCUCGGUCUCUGCUUCAACUUCUUCCACCUCUUGGACUUUUGCUUCAAGUAAUAAUGCAACUGCAGGAGCAGCAAACUUAUGGAGAAGAGAAGGAAAAGAUUAUAACUUAUUGAACACUUCGGGUUCGAAGUAUAAUUACCCUGUGGAGAAUUCAAGAAGUUUUCUAGAUCAGAGUAAUUCCCUUUUCAGAUAUCAUUUGCAGGAUGGCUCAGCGUAUAGGAAUCCAAAUACAGGUGUUUCUGCAGAAAACAGGAGGAUGGUUUCGAGUCCAUUUGGGUUUCUUAAACUUGGGGAUAAUUAUAAUUGUGAACAGGAUGGAAUGACGAAGAAUAAGGAGGUGAUGAACUUGGGGAUUGUUUCUCCUUCAUUAGGAAAGGAGAAAGAAGAUGAAUCUACGAAGCAAAAUGGUGUUCGCUUCAUUGAUUUUCUUGGUGUGCAUCAAGAAAAUCUAUGAAGCAAACACCAUUUUGUUUCAUGGACUCAUCUUCUUUCUCCUUCCCUAAUCAAGGAGUAUCCCCAAGUUCAUCACCUUCUUAUUCUUUAUCAAUAUUCAUUCCAUUCCCUUCACUAUUUUAAUUAUCCCAAAGUUUAAUUAAGAAACCUGAAUGGAUAUGUAUUAAUAUCGGACAAAAUGUCUUUUUAAUAUAUGCUUAUGUAUUAG